ACCCAAACAUAAUCAGGUGGAGCUACAUUUUCAUAUUAUAAUGACUUGAGAUUCUCUUGACUUGUUACUAGACUAUAUUCUAGAUAUAGAUCUAUAUCUAGACCUAAAUACAUGUCUAGAUCCUAAAUGAACUAUAAUAUAUCGCUUCUUCUUGGAUUUAAAAUAAUCGUGUACAUCUAAAUGCCUUGAAAAUGUUAUGCUUUUUUAUUAGAGCUAAUAAGGUACUAAGUAACUAAGACUUCCCACAUCUCCUACAUAAUACAAUGAUAUCAGAGACAGAUAUUGGUGAUUAUGAAAUCAUCAAAGGUGGUGUGCUGGGAACAGGGGCCUUUGCCACUGUCUGGAAAGGGAGAGCAAAAAAGGACUCAUCCCAGCUUGUGGCUAUCAAAGCAAUUAAAAAGAAAAACUUUCUCAAAUCUCAGCAGCUGUUGAGCAAAGAAAUUACAAUACUCAAGGAGCUGUCCAGUUUGCACCAUCGAAAUGUGGUUGGACUUUUAGAUUGUGUGGAACUUAAGGAUGAUGUCUGCUUGGUCAUGGAGUAUUGUAAUGGAGGAGAUUUGGCAGACUGUCUUCACAGGAAUGGCACUCUCAGUGAGGAUACUCUAUGCUCCUAUGUUAAACAAAUUGCCGAAGCGAUGAAAGCAUUACAACAGAAAGGCAUAGUCCAUAGAGAUCUAAAGCCCCAGAAUAUAUUGUUGUGCUAUGAUGGACCCAGGUACCCACACCCUUCAGAGAUGCUACUUAAAAUUGCUGAUUUUGGGUUUGCCAGAUUUAUCAUAGGCGCUGAGAUGGCCACUACACUUUGUGGUUCACCAAUGUACAUGGCCCCAGAGGUUAUAAUGUCAGUCAAGUACAGUGCUAAGGCUGACCUGUGGAGCAUUGGCACUAUACUCUACCAGUGUCUGACUGGCAGGGCCCCAUUCCAGGCACAGAACCCACAAGAACUGAAGAAAAAAUAUGAGAAAAGUCCUGGACUAAAGCCUAAUAUCCCAACCAACACGUCUCCAGAGCUCCGAGAUUUGUUGAUGAGGAUGUUGAAAAGAGAUGCUGAAGAGAGAAUCUCAUUUGAGGAGUUCUUCAGUCAUCCAUUUUUACAGCUACCAACACUUAAAGCCAUGUCUCCACCUGUGACAGUUCCUAAGCGCAGGUCAAGCUCAUCAUCAGAUAGUUCAACUCCAGGCAAAUCUCCUGGGAAAUCUCCCUCACCUUCACGCACUAAACGAAGUCCCUCCCCUGCCCAGCCAGUGAAAGUAGCCUCUUUGCGUGAGGCUAAAGAGGAAGACAUGGUGACCACUUUGACAGAGACUGCUGGCUUUACAAAAGUGGAAAAAGAGGAAAUUAAAGCCAGGUCUGGAAGAUCUACACCAGAUGAUUUUGUAAUGGUGCCAGAAACAUUAUGCUUAGAGUCUGAUGGAGAGGAAAGUGUACAUAUAAAAAAAGCCCCUCUAGCAGAAGAAGAGAUGGCAUCAUUUAGUGGUUCCCCCCAGCGCUCACCGAAAGCUAUCAGAAUCCAAUCAAACAAUGCAGUGACUUUCAACAAGGACAAAGAGAACAUCCCCACACCCAGCAGUCCCAGCCGGCCAGUCACGCUGUCAAUGGCCACUGCCGUCCGGCAAUCAGAACCAAUCACAGUGCCCUCUGAAAUGAAGAGCACCAGUGGGUUCUACAUUGGGGACAGUUCUUCCAGUAUUAAGUCUAAAGCCAAGUCUCCAGACGUCAGAAUGGAAAGUGAUAGUCAAGAAAUGGCGGUUGUGAGGAGGAGCUUAGAGAACAGACUGUCUGCUGUAGAUGCUGUAGAUGCUGGUUCAUUUUCUCCUCCAUCUGUUCAGUUCUGUGUAGGGACACCUCCCAACAGCUCAGGCCCCUCCUGGAAAAGGUCCAGUAUUGUAACACCUCCACCCAACUUACCAGGCUCACCUCACAGGAGAUCAUCUUUGAAUUCUCCCCACUUCUCCCCUCUACAGCUUUCUAAUCCCUCAUCCUCCUCUGUUUUUGGAUCUCACCCUGGCUCUCUACCCAUCAUAUUGGGUUCUCCAAGCAAACUGCCUGCUAUGUUAGGCUCACCAAACAAAAUGCCAGCCAUGUUUCACCUUGGCUCCCCCCAUGAUAACUCCCCGGAGCCCAUCCAUGCACCUUUUGCAGCCGCUGCAUCCACAACAUACCACCCUGCUUAUCACACCUCCAGCACUGUACCUGACAACCUGGUGGCUAUGGUGCGACAGAGAGAUGCUUUAGGUGAACUUCAGCCAAUGGAGUACCACAGAGUUAGCACUGACUCAAAUCUACUCUGUCAACAGAUGCACAAUCAAAACAUGCAAGGUUUGAUGAUUGCAUAUGGUGGAAGCAGAGAGAGGCUGACAUCUGUGGAUGCGGAUAAGACCAGGUUUGGUUCCCUAGAUCGAGAUCACUCUCCUUCGUUUGGAAGAAGAAACAGUGGUCUGGAGAUGUCCCCACCCCAUCAUGUGCUGAUGGCAGGCUCACCACCUACAGUUGGAAGCAAUCCUCCACCACCAUUGAGAUUUGUACCACAGCCACUUUCAGAAGAAACAUUGAUGGAUGACAACCAUAAUGAAACAUUAGGAAAGUUAUCAUUUGUUCUUGACCUUGUGGAAUGUAUCCUUGACCUUGCAAGAAGUUUAGGAAGUGCUUUCCGAAGCAUAGAUCCUGGAGAGACAAAGAAGGUGGAGCAGCUGUCUCCUGAACAUUACAGCCAGUACAGGUCAUCACAGAGGAGUCUGGAACAGUUGGUGCUGUAUGCCAGGUCAUGUCACUUGCUAAACUCUGCCCUCCAUAUGGCCAGAGAUGAAAUCAGGAACAACAGACUGCAACAAUCCACCAGUUUACGUAAUGUGCUGGGUGAGAUGAACACCUACUACCAUCACGUGGUGGACAAGUGUAAGACUAUCCACAAAGAGUUCACACAGAACUGCAAGACUCCACUCACACAGAAGUUGGUCAUGGCUACUGCUGAUAAACUCAUUUACAACCAAGCAAUACACAUGUGUCAGACAGCUGCUCUAGAUGAAUGCUCCAAGAACUCUUCACCAGAAAACGUUGCUGAGGUAGUGCGUCGCUACCAGGUGGCUCAGAUAUUGCUUCACAGCUUAGCACAAACAGCCCGCAAUGAAAAUGACAAACACAUGCUUGUUAAAUAUCGCAAGUCUGUUGAGAGCCGGUUGUCCAUUUUGACAUCAGAUGGUCUCUAUUUUGAUCGCCAUCAUCAACACAUGAGUGUUGACAACCAGAGAUAUCAGCUGCAGUCAUAGCCUUAUCAGCAUGACUUGAUGACUUGGCACAGCCAGGGCAUCCUGCGUCAGAUGGAAUGACUCAGUCUUGCUUGAAUACUGCAAUACUUGAUUAGUUGAUCACAGAUUCUUCCUAAGAACAUAUCCUCAAAUUGUAGUGUUUUCAGCCUGUGGUGUUUUUUUUUUUUUUAAGUGAAUCCUUUCACUCUUGGAUUAUACCAUGAAACUUGAAACUACCAAACUUGGGCUGACUGCAAGAAAGGUUUCAUUGUACUAUGCCAUCUCCUCACCUUAUUUUUAGAGGCUCUUUACUCAGUAGGUCAAACAGUUAGGCUUCCAGUGAACCAAAGGGUAGGACUCAUUCAAGUGCUAUGUGUUCAAAGCAGUCAACUUUGUUACUAUACAAGGAGACAGAACCAGCCAAUCUUGUGUGUUCAUGUCUGAGAAGUGUUGGAUCCGCAACUCAUAAAACCAAAUUUCCCUGUUGUGGUAUUUGACAUUGACUAUCAGCAAUUGUUUUUAACUUAAGUCAAACCUAGUUUUACUCAAACUCAUGGGAUAGCUGUGGUUGUAUGAUUCACUAAACUUUGAGCAUCCCAAUUCAUUGUGUAAUUAGAUGGGAUUUAAAUAUCAAGACCCUACUGAGAUUUAAACUACAUCUGUAUAUAGAAAGGCAUAUCCUUGUGACACAUCAUGAUUUUACUGCACAACAACCAGCAUUCAACAGCUGAAGUCAUUUUUUUUUAUGUCAUCAUUAACAUUUUGUUAACAACUGUGCAAAUUAAAUUAUUUGAAACAAUGUAUUCAUGUACCAUCUACUGGUCAUUACAACUGAAACUUAUGUGCUGGUCAUUGGAUGACCACUGGGAAAUACUUUUUUUCUCUUUUAUUUAUAUUGUGCUGUAUUAUUACUCUUAAAUAAAUUACUGAUGGAACGUUUUAUAGAUGUUUUCAUUUCAGUAGCUCUUGUAUUCUAAGUCUGGCAUUACUUGGGACAGAAAUCUGGCAGCUAGCUGAUACUAUUUUUUUUUGUUGUAUUUUGUUUUAGUCAAACUUUAUUUUGUUGAAGAUAUCAUUGAUUAUAUAUAACAAGGGAUUAUCAAACUUCAUGAUUGUAAUACACCUAAUGGUGUAAACUGUCUCUAUCACAGAAUAAUGUUUCAUUUAUCUUAUUCAGAGAAAUAAUUGGUUGUUGAGCAUUUGUUUCAUUAGAUAAAUACUGACUUAAAUUAAGAUACAUUCGAGUUAGUUGAGAAUCACUGAAUUCAGUCACUUAUUUUUUGAAUGAAUUAUGAAAUUAGGAAUCAGAGGUUCACUAAAAAAAUUAGCUUCAAAUUACAUGUUUUUAAACUUCAUGUUAAGAAGGAGUUUUGAUGCUAUGAAUGUUAGCCAAGAAGUAUUUUCAGACAUACUUGCAUUUCUUUUUAACCUAAUUACUUUAUAUACUCUUUGCAUAAGAUCCACCUGCCCUUUUUUAAAUUAGUAUAUAUUCUUUGCAUAUGAUCAACCUGCCCCUUUUUAAAUUAGUAUAUAUUCUUUGCAUAUGAUCAACCUGCCCCUUUUUAAAUUAGUAUAAGCAUUAUAUUUUAUAAUAAAGAUGAGGUCAAAAUAAUUGGAGUUUUGAAACCAUCGAAGUAUUCAGCUUUUUUUUUUUUUUAAAAUAUAUUUGUGUUUCAAUAUACAUUGUACUUCUGCCUGACAGUUGCAGAAGUCAGACUUGUUUCCUGCAGUCAAAUGCAUCAUGAGCUGUUCCUGUUUUCCACAGUUUCUAUAAUAAUGUUUCUUGUAGCUUGUUGUUUUUAACUUUGUUGGCUGUUGAUUUCAUGACAUCUCCAGUUUUUUGUGUAUGUGUGUGAUUGAGUCAUGUGAUCUAAAUAAUGUCAUUCUAUUUGUCCUGAAACUUAAGAUAGACCCUGAUGAAGAAGCGAUAAAUAUAGAUCAGCCUCCCACCUCCAGUUCAUGUAAAUAGAAAGUCUCCCAAUCAUCUCUGCAGAGCUGCAAUCAAAAAGGACAGCAUGAAAGCAAAUACUAUAGUAAACAGACUCAGUCAAAACCAAAUUGGAACUAUUUUUAUUUUGGAUUUUAAUUUAGCUUUAAUUACCAUUUUUGUUAACAGUUUCCUUGUUUGUGUAGUUUGUUUGUAUCAACUUUUUAUUUCAAGGGCUUGCUAAUUGUAUGACUUGACAGUGUGUCAAACUUUGAGGUGUUUCUCUAAACACUUGUUACCAUGAUUAGAACUAUCAGCUUUAGCCAAAUUCUAAAAGUUUUGUAGAUUCUGACCAUCAUGAUUUUUGUAUUUCAACUAAAUUGUGAAAUAAUUGCAAAGUAAUGACCUUAUCAAUCCAGAUGUGUCAGUAAGUGACAAAUAUAAAAUUAUCUAUAAAUAGCUUCAUAAAGGCUCUCAGAAGACAUACUGAUCAAUGCUUUUUUUUUUAAUUUUAAGCAUAUUUUUUUCAAAACUGUAUAUAUUGAUUUUUAAUUUUUACCUUUUUUUUUUCUUUUUAUUUUUUUAAUCCUUCCCUCAUGGCACUGUCUUUGUACAUGUAGUUAAAUUGUUCAUUUUAUUUUGAGUGCAAUAACAACCAUCUUGAAUAAUGUGAUAACCUGUGGGGUUUGAUCCUGUAGUGAUCUAGAGAAUGGCAAGAGGAGUGGACAGAUGGAUCGAGAGUUCAUGAAAUGAACUCAGGAAACUCAUCCUCAUUCUUUUGUUUUACCACAACAUGACAUUUGUUUAUAAAACAUAAUCUUCAUCAAUUUUCUGAAUCCUGAGAAAAGGUGACCAAUACUUUACUCCCACAUCUUUCUUUAUGUUGAAAUGAAACAAAACAUGUAUUUAUGGGAGAGGUCAAGGUAACCCUUUCAGACAAAGGCUAUCUAUGGGGGGUAGAGGAUAAAAAAGGUUCAUCUGUUUCUAUGCCCAACAGCUUAAGAAGGUGCCAUGUGGCCAAUGCAACAGCCGCCCUCUUUUACUUCCCAAAAGUUGAGUGGACUCAGGGUCAUUUUACCACUUGACUGCCCAUGCCAUAAAGAUUAAAAUUCUCUCAGAUAUUUUACUCCUGUUCUGUUUCAAGAAGAAACCAAAACCUCUGCAUGGCAAUAUGUGGAGCCUAAAACCAUUUUAAAUUCUUUGGUGUCAUUUUUUAACAAAGUAUUCCAAUAGAUUGUGUGUGUCUAGUCAGCUGCAAUAAUGUUUUGAUUUGAAAAAGAAUCUCAGAAACUUUGAAUGUUAUGGAUGAAAUGUAUCAUUUGGCAGUUGUCUCUUUUGAUUCCCCACAAAGUUAUUUGGAACUGUUUCUAAUUCAGGACUGUAAGUUUAACAGUCCAUCCCUUCUUCCCCUGGAUGUGGCAUAGCUCCAACUUUCAAUCAAGUCUGAGCAUAAUGGGGACAGCUAGUGGCUCAUCAUUUAGCAAGUGUGGUUCUGUCCUUAUGUGGAAGAAAGUAAGAUAAACUUCUUAUGUCAGAAUGACUUCAUUUCAUUACAGCCUAUGGCAAUGUCAAAAAAAAACUCCUUUAUCAACUCAUUUACUAUUAAUGGCCGGGGGGGGGGGUUAAUCCUAAUAGGAGGGAUAGACAAUUUUUCAGUUAUUUUUAAAUAUGCAUUCAAAUGAAAUAUAUUAUAUCAAUAGGAUACAAGUUCCAAUUCCCAGCAAACCAAACUCAUAUGGUAGAUAGAAGACUUUGUUUCCUGACCAUUGUUUUCUUCUCCAGUGGUGUGCACUAUUGCAAGAAGAGUCCCUGGUGUUGUUUGGUCAGAAAAGUAAUGUCAACUAGUUCCUUGCAUUGACAUGUUAACUAGUUCCAUGCAUUGACAUGUCAACUAGUUCCUUGCCUCCUUGCAUUGACAUGUUAUUUUGAAAUGGUUUAUGAAGUGAUGUCAUGCAAUGGAAAUAAGGGGAUGGGUAACAUACUAUUGAAUCUUCAAACCCUGUGUGUAGAACUAUAUCUCUGUAUAGAAUAUCAUUCUUAAUUCCAUAUCAAUCCAACAUUUGAUUCCAUUGUAUUAUUUGGUCAUUGUGAUCUUUAUUUAUGGUGAGACAUAUGUACCGUUUGUUGGUUCCAUGUACAUAAGAUGAAUGAAUCAAGGGAGAGAACUUGAAGGUGAGAGAGAAUGUUUACAAAGUUUGUCUAGUAAGUUCUGCUGUAUCAAAAGUACUUCAAAUGUUUGGUUUUAUGAAUGGUAUGUUGAAAUCCUUGAUAUAUGAAAAGACUGUGAAAGAUCUUAACAUAAACUUGUAUUGUGUACAGUCUACUGCUUUGAUGUGUGUGUUCAAAAAGUCAUAUGUCUAGGUUCAGAGAUCAUUUUCCUGUUAUUAUCAGUUUCAUUUUUAUCCUUUUGGUUUUUAACUCAUUGGUAGAUUUGUGUUGAAUUAUUGACUUCUAUAUCAUCACUGUCUCUAGUUGUCAGUUAUCAUUUUAUGUGCUACAUGUUCACAAGACUAUCAAGUUACUACAAAUUUGUAUGUAAAUACAUUUAUUCAUAAAA